UACCGAUAUUCUUCGGCCUUGAAUGGUUCUUUUGUUUCAGUCUUACAAUUCUCCAGCAACAGGUUUAGAGGAUUACGACGAGCGGAGAAGAUGGUCCAGCGGCUCACUUACCGUAAACGGCACAGCUAUGCCACAAAGUCCAACCAGCACCGCGUCGUCAAAACUCCCGGUGGAAAGCUUGUGUACCAGACCACGAAGAAGAGGGCUAGUGGUCCUAAAUGCCCUGUCACUGGAAAAAGAAUUCAAGGAAUUCCUCACUUAAGACCUGCUGAAUACAAGAGGUCUAGGCUGGCUAGGAACCGUAGGACUGUCAACCGCGCCUAUGGUGGUGUACUGUCUGGAGGUGCUGUUAGGGAAAGGAUUAUUAGGGCUUUUUUGGUUGAAGAACAAAAGAUUGUCAAAAAGGUUUUGAAGAUCCAGAAGGCAAAGGAAAGGCUUGCCUCCAAGAGUUAGAAUGGCUGGGUUAAAAUCCCAAACCCUUUUCCAUUUUAUAUAUGCUGAAUGCAAAUUUUGACUUGGAUCAAUGACUUUUUAAUUUAAAUGAUUUGGAAUUAGCGUUGUAUUCUUUCAGUUGCAUUAGUCGUUCCAAGUUUCUCCUGCAAGAAUUAAUCAGUUUAUCACUCUUGUUUAUGCUGAUUAUGCUUCAUUUACCUGCA